UUGGCCACAAAAUUAAAAAACGGAUACUACAGGAAAGCAAUUUCUGUUGAAGAAAGAUUAAGUAUCACUUGGAGAUUUUUAGCCAGCGGAGAUUCCUAUACAAUCCUACAAUAUUUAUUCAGAGUUUCUAAACAAUCGAUAAGUGUUAUAGUUCCAGAAACCUGUCAAGCUAUCGUAGAGGCAUUAAAAGACUACAUCAAGAUACCUACAUCGCAUCAAGAAUGGGAGGAAAUUAGUUCCGAGUUUCAAAACUGUUGGGAUCUACCACACGUGGUUGGUGCAAUGGACGGGAAACACAUUAUGUUGCAGGCACCUUUCAAUAGCGGAUCGGAGUUUUAUAAUUAUAAACAAUUUUUUAGUAUUGUUAUAUUCGCUUUAAUUGAUGCUUUAUAUAAAUUUAUAUUUGUCGAUGUAGGGUGUCAAGGGAGAAUUUCCGGUGGAGGUGUAUUUAAUGAUUCCAUUCUCAAGGAAAAAAUUUCAAACAACUCAUUAAAUCUUCCAUCUCCGAAACUUUUAGAAGGAACGAAUAACAUACCAUACUAUUUUGUGGCAGACAGUGCAUUUCCGUUAGGUAUCCAUAUUAUGAAGCCAUAUCCAGGUGUACAUCCUAAACGAUAA